GAUCCAAGCUAUGGAUAAUAAUCUCCAAUUGGGUUUUGUUGAACAGGGUAAUUAGGUAGAUGUUUACAGAGGAUUGGGGAGCGAGGUUGAAAAAUAUACACUCACCCACAGUAAUUAACAAGAGGGUAUACGCCAACACCCCCCUCUCUCUGUUAGGGUUUUUUGGUUUUGGUCGAUGAUAGGAUCUUGACUUCAGUCUUUGUAUCAAGGUGCAUUGGUUACAGUGUGAUAUGAGUGAAGAAAAGGAACCAUCUAGUUCUCGGAAGCAAUUAUCUUGCACCACCUGCUUUGAUGAGCUCUGGUUCUGCUACUCUAUAGUUCAUCAAAUGCAGAGGUAUUAUCGGCUUGGAGUUCUUGACAACUGCUCCGAAAAGUGGAGCGCUCUUGUUGAUUGUUUAACUUUAAAGACAAAACGCUCAUCUGAAGUACAGGAAAUUCUGGAAGCUAGGGCAAAAUCAAAACUCCAUAUCUGGACUUUUAGAACACCAGAAGAAGCAUCAUCUCACUGGAAAGACCUAUUUGGAGACUUGGAUGAUAUGGCGUGAUCAGAAUAUUCAACUAACAUGUUUCUUUUUAGGUUCAAUUACUCCAAAUAAAUUAAAAUCCAGAGAAACAGUGAAGGAAGUAGGGGGAUUUUCUUUGAAUUUCUUUCUUCUCUCUGUUUUAUAGCUCUUGAAAUUUGCAAUUUAUAUAUAAUCUCUGCCCAUGUUGUGAUAUUAGAGAUGGACAUCAACCAAAUGCAAUCCAAUUAUAAGUUUAAUACCAAGAAGCAAGAACAUUUCCACCAA